AUGGCUGCGAACUUCACUCCUUCUCCGUCCGAAAUGGCUCUUGUGUCACAAAUAUUUGCUACUGCCGACCCCAAUAAACUUGGUGCAUUAACAGGAGAAGUUGCGGUUCAGGUUUUCGGUGGGGCACAUCUAUCCCCACUCGUUCUGGGAGAGAUUUGGCAAAUUGCGGAUGAGACGAACAACGGCUGGCUUUCAACAAAAGGUGUAGCUAUGGCUGUUCGUCUAAUGGGUCAUGCGCAACAAGGGACCAAGGUGUCGGCGGCCUUACUUAACAAGCCCGGUCCUCUCCCUACUAUCGCUGGUAUCACCCCCGUCGUUCCCCAAGGGACAGGCAAUUCGGCCUCUCGGGCCAAGUCACCGCAACCUACACUGCCGCCAUUUACGCCUCAGGACAGAGCCAAAUUUCUGAACAUGUUCACCAAAUCGGGCCCCGUUGAUGGUCUUCUCAGCAGCGAGAAGGCUCAGGGAAUUUUCCUCAAAUCUAAGCUUCCGAAUGAGACUCUGGGACUGAUAUGGAAUCUCGCCGACACUCAAGAUCGCGGCAAGCUUGAUUCAACCGACUUCGCCAUCGGGAUGUACCUCAUCCAGGCCGUCAUGACUGGUCAAUUGGCGUCUAUUCCAAACUCAUUGCCACCCGGCUUCUAUCAGCAAGCGGCUGGAAGCAAUAUCCUUCCUUCUCUCAGCGUAGCACUAUCCAACCCCAGUACACUGGCGCGAGCCAACAAGCGCUUCAGCCACAGACCACUGGCCCGUGGUCUUCAAAGCCCCCCUCAACUUCCUGUUCGACCCAAUCCUUCCCCUUCCAUCGUUGGCACUGGUGCUUUCGCCUCUUCUCAGGUUGCUUGGGAUAUCACACCUAGCGAGAAGGCAACAUCCGACCGUUGGUUUGACUCUUUAGAUACCCACAAGCGCGGUUACAUCCUAGAUGACGUCGCUGUCCCUUUCAUGCUCGAGUCGAAACUUACCGGCGAGGAUCUAGCGCAGAUUUGGGAUCUCGCGGAUGUCAAUAACAACGGACAGCUCACACGAGAUGGUUUCGCUAUCGCUUGGUAUCUCAUCCAGAAGAAGCGUGCUGGUGUUGCUAUUCCAGCGACUCUCCCUCCUACCUUAAUACCACCGUCAAUGCGAGGCGGCGCAGCCAUAAUGCCUGAGAAAGAUUUGUUUUCCUGGGAUGAUCCAGUGCCAACAAUGUCUACGUCUCAAACUCCUUCCCAGUCUUUCGCAAUUGCGAGCGCAGAUCUACUCGGAGACGAUGAGGAUACCACAACUCCUUCACCUCCACUCGACGAUAAGUCAGCAGAAAUCGGGAAUGUUCAAAACCAAGUCAACUCCACAAGCAAAUCGCUUGCAACAGCGCAAGCUGAGCGUCAAACCCUGGAGACUACGCUUGCUAAUCAAGCUGCGCAAUUAUCGGCCCUGCAGACCCAGCUCUCGACCGCAAAAGCAGCGUAUGAAACUGAGAAUAAACUCCUGGCCGGCUUGCGGGACCGGCACACUGCUCAGACCACGGAGAUGCUCAAAACGCAAGAAGAAUUAAUUCGUGCUGAGAGCGAUCUCAGCGCUCUACGGGUGGAAAAGGCAGAGAUAGAGGGUGCAUUCCUUCGCGACAAGGAGGAGGCUCGCACAUUGCAGAAGAAGAUGGUUGAAGCUGGCCACCACAUCGACAUGAUCAAGGUUGAAAUCGACCAAUCCAAGAAGGAGGCAAAACAGCAGAAGGGCCUCCUUGCUAUCGCCCGAAAGCAACUAAGUAGCAAAGAAUCUGAACGUGGUAGGACGGAGAAGGAACUCGAAGUGGCACAAUCCGAAACCGAGAGCAUUGUUGCAGAGAAAAACCAGAUCGAGGCGUCCAUCGCUAGUUUCGCAACUUCUCCGGAGCGUACCACAUCCUCCGACUCCGUUUUAUUUGCAGCCGCUCAGACCCUACCAGCUUCACCGGUCCCUGACGUCAGCAGCCCAUCCCUUGCAUCUAGCAUCAAGAGUAACAACCCCUUCGAUCGACUCAUGGGCAAUGCAACUCCUCGUUCUCAAUCCCCUUUCCCACUUGGCAAAGAUCCUGCAACUGGUGAUCCGUUCGGCUUUGCUCAGGCCUUCGAUUCCGAGACCCCGGCCGAGCACACCGAUCUGGUCCCUUCUUCAACUGAACUCACUGUUGACGAUGGCGGCGCCAGUGAUAGUGAUGUGUUCUUGACACCAGUGACCACCACAGCGUCCACAUUUCCCGCAAUCGACAACGUUAUGGCAGGAGCAGUAAUAGAAAAGCAAGAUGCCAAACCUGAGGCAGAGACAACUGAAACAGACCUCGGUACUCAACUCAAAGAACUUGAUGUCGAGGAUUCAGACAGCAGUGACAGUGAAGAUGGCGUUCCUCUUGCUGCUCUCGUCCAGUUCAAAGCUACCGAAGCGUCUGAUGCCCCGAGCAAAAAUGAUGUUGAACAAGCCCAGUCGGCAUCGGAUGAUGCAUUCGUGCAACCGUCUGUCGGUACUAUCCAGAAUAUGCCACCCCUCACUGACGCAUUCGGCAUGCCAAUGACUACUUUCGCCCCACAAAGCACUGGUUCAGCGGUCAACGCCUUCGACGAAGCCAUGAACCAAACAACAGUCCCGUCUACUCAAUUUAAUGCUUUCGACUCUGCAUUCGAUGAUAAUUUUGACUUCGGUGGUUCACCGCCUCUGGAGACACCAUCUGCUGUUAACGGCCAUGCUAUACAGCCUCCUUCCACUGACCCAAGUAAUAAUAACGAGUUUGAUCACAUUUUUACUCCUGAAGGCUCACAAGCCGUGAUCGCAACACCAAUUGGUCCAAGCAUACAAAACAACGUUGAGACAGUCAUGCCUGUCACUGCGACCCAGCCUACUGUUUUGGCCGCCAAUGGAACAGCCACGUCGGUUGAACACUCAUUAUUCGGAGAGUCAUCCACAGGUUCAAACACGGAACCAGAAACCAGGUCGACAAAGCAAAGUCAACCCUUCCCCAUCAAUUCACCCACAUCGUCGCCCAAAAGUACAGCUCCUUCUCAGACUACGUCGAGGCGCUCCGUUUCCCCGCCUCCACGUCACAGGUCUCCACCUCCACCGACCCGCAGUGGCUCCAAAGGCAGACCAUCUACCGGUUCUUCAAAAGAUGAAAAGGUUAAAGAGAAAGAAAGCCAUCCAGCCCGAAGCUCCAAACUCAGCAUUCGUUUACCAUUCGGCAAGAGGAAAAAUAAAAGUUCUGAACCACUUCCUGGUGGACCAUCGCACCUUCUGACCCCUCCUCAAGAAGAGCCAGCGAGAAUACCCACACCGGCAGUUGAUGAUGAUGUCGAAGCCGUCAAGCAGUUGACGGCGAUGGGCUUCAGUCGCUCACAAGCCGUGGACGCACUCGAGAUACAUGGAUACGACGUUCCCAAGGCUCUCAAUAGCUUACUUGGUGCUCAAUGA